GGUAAAGACUGAGCUGAGUUGUAUAUGAGACCGUUCAUUAGCAUGAAGAGUAAAACUGUAUGAAGCAGCAUUUAUUAAGUAUUGAACAACAAUCACCGGUCAUAAUGUCGUAAACUGUGUCCGGGUUAGAAACAAAUGGCAGUGAGAUGUUUAUAAGCCCGAAAGAGUCAUUUUGGAAGCCGAAAGCUAAUAAGAACUUUUUUAGCUUCGGAAUAUUUAUCCGGUAUUUUCAGGCGAUUUACAUUCAUCAUUAAAAGCCCCAAACACGUACAUUUCUAUGCUAUAAAACAUAAACGUGAGAAAUAUCAACACGUGAGAGUUAAACUUAAUAUAAUGUGAUUUCCGGAGAAACCCAGUAACCAAUCAGAGUGACGGAAGCGUUUCCUGUUUACGUCCUGAAGUCCAGUUCAGUCCUUAUCCAUCGUGUUUACCGCGAACUCCGAAGUAGUUACUUUCCUGUUUGUUUGUUUUACUUUUCUCUCUGUUGUCAUCAUCGUGAUCAUGCAGUCUUUAAGGAACUAUUUUAGACCAUGGUCAUCUGCUGUAAAGUUGGAUGGCAAAACUGUAGUGAUUACUGGUGCUAAUACUGGGAUUGGCAAAGAGACUGCUAUUGAUUUGGCCAAAAGAGGUAUGAGGGUCAUUAUAGCCUGCAGAAAUAUAGAGAAAGCUGAUGCAGCUCUGAAAGAGAUUAUAGAAGUUUCUGGGAAUCAGAAUGUUGCCUGUAAAAAACUUGACCUGGCUGACUUCAACUCCAUCAGAGAAUUUGCUCAGAAUAUCAAUAGUGAGGAGAAACAGCUCAAUAUCUUGAUUAAUAAUGCUGGCGUGAUGGCAUGCCCAUAUGCUAAAACAGCAGAUGGUUUUGAGAUGCAAAUCGGAGUCAACCACUUGGGUCACUUUCUCCUGACAUUUCUAUUAACUGACCUGCUUAAGAGGUCUGCUCCGGCUCGGAUCAUCACCGUGUCAUCCAUGGCGCAUAAGUGGGGGACUAUUAAUCUUGAUGACCUAAACAGUGAGAAAAGCUAUGAUAAAGCCAAAGCUUACAGCCAGAGCAAACUGGCCAAUGUGCUCUUCACUCGUUGCUUAGCCAAAAAACUACAGGGUACAGGAGUGACAACUUAUGUCCUUCACCCUGGUGUAGUUCAGACAGAACUGUGGAGGCACCUGAAUCGACCCCAACAGGCAGCCAUGUGGUUGAUCAAACCUUUUACCAAAACAUCAUUGCAGGGAGCUCAGACCACUAUUUACUGUGCAGUGGCUCCUGAGCUAGAGACAGAGAGUGGUAAAUAUUACAGUGAUUGUGCACCCGCAAGCUGCUCUGGUGCUGCUGUGGACGAUGACAUGGCACAGCGACUUUGGGACCUAAGCUGCCAGAUGCUCAAGAUAACAUGGGAUUAGAUCUGUUGCCAUUUAAAUAGAUGCCUUGAAGUUGUGCAACACCAAUAUUAUUUUUUUUACAUAGUCCACAUUUCCUUGUUUCUAAAAUGUUGUUUAUUUCCAGUUCCAGAUUCAUGUCUAGGGACUUCACUGUAAAUAUACACACAUACAUACACACUGCUGCCACUUGGGGGCAUUUUCAUUCACUGUAUUAUUGUAUCAUGCAGUAAGUAUCAUGAGAGAGGACCAUGUGUAGAGGGAUAGGAAAAGACACUAAUUAUCAGCUGUUUAUUGGGUGGCCAUAUAUUAUAUUAAUGGACAUAAAGUUCCUUUUUUUGCAUUUCUCAAUGAUACAUGUGGAAGAAAAAAAAUUCAUUUAAAUUAAAAUAUAAUUUCAAAUUUA